UGAACUCACCGCUGCGAUGAUACAGAGUUCGUUCACAUCAGGAUCGCUCGCUCUGAUGUGAGUCAUUUAUUGAUAACAAGGAUCUUGCACAUAUCCACAUGCACGUACGUGGAUACUCGCACUUCGAUUUACUAUCACAAUUUCGACACUCGAGCUACUUGCUACUGAUACGCAAAUUUACUGUUCGGGGACGUUUAUAAACCCCCUACACUUUUUUCUCGCGUACAUUUGACUUUAAUUUCUAAACGCUUAUGAAGUCUUAACCACAAUCGACGUUUCAUUUGCCUGUAAUGUCACUGAGCGAUUCGGUUCCAAAUAUUAUAUUUUCGUUCUGAUAAUAUACUCGCCCAGAUCAGGUCUUGCUGGCCCUGAUCAACUUUUUUUUUAUCUCUCGGUGUUUUUACCAGAACUUGUGUGGAACAUUUACGAACGCUUUGUGGUUAGAGGUGUGGUUUGAGUAUCUAUUCAACAUCGCCUGGCCCAGUCAGGGUUUCCGACAAGAAAUCUGAAAUCAUUUUUUUCCCGCCCUUUCAUCUCGACAAAACCACUCGCGUGGUAGAAAACCCCACUCCGCAUCAAUGCAUAUUACUGACGUUGAACAUCUCCUGUCAUCCACAGCUCCUUUGGCUAACCAGCCCAGCAAAGACCCGGUACGGAGGAACAACAUUCAUAACAAUUAUAAGAUGGCCGAAGGGGGCCAGAGGAAUAAGGCCUCAUCCGUCUUCAAAGGAGGGGAACGGUCUCUUGUGGACGCUUUAUCGGAGUAUCCUGGGGAGUUGGUGAAGACGGAGAGCCCUAACUUUGCCUGCUCCGUGCUUCCAUCUCACUGGAGGUGCAAUAAGAGUUUGCCCGUGGCUUUCAAAGUUGUUUCGUUGGGGGAAACCAAGGAUGGAACGAUGGUGACGAUCGCAGCGGGAAAUGAUGAAAACUACUGCGCCGAAUUGAAAAACAACACAGCAGUGAUGAAGAACCAAGUGGCUCGUUUUAAUGACCUGCGUUUCGUUGGACGAUCUGGCCGUGGCAAGAGCUUCACACUGUCCAUCUUCAUCUACACCAACCCUCCUCAGAUCGCUACAUACAACCGUGCAAUAAAGGUCACCGUAGAUGGGCCCAGAGAACCUCGAAGACCGAAACCCAAGGACCAGGAGUCCCGUUUGAUGCCCCCUCCCAUCAUCAACACCGGCCACACCCAUCCCUUUGGUGAGAUCAGCCCCCAUCAUCCAAACCACCAUAUUGGAAGACAGCAGUCCUUCCAGAACCAGAGCCGUAUGCCUAGGUCUUACCCUCUUAGUCCAACUUCGGGAUCGUAUGAUAACAUCCAGCACCAAGGACAAGCUUCAAAGCCAUGGUCCUACUACAACCCUUACCCAACAACAGUAGCGCAACCGUCAGAUUCCUCAAUACUAACGCCCCAGAUCAAGACUGAACCGACAGACCUUGCGUUGCUAGGUCAGCAGAACUCGACUCUCCAACAAUACCCCAAGCCUGACAGCAUCUACCCCACCUCGAUAACAAGGGCCAGCGAGGUCCAGGAUUCCCGGUUUGUUUACCCAUCCGCUCAAGCCGUCAGCUCCACCUCCUACACACCUUCGUCCAUGUCCGUGCUGUCAUCCGGAGGUGAUUCACCCCGCACCAUCUUGCCAAUGACACCCAAUCCGUUUCCUCUAUCCUCUCAGGAUAUCUUCUCCAGCUCCACCACUACGCCCGUCACGCUGACAUCGCCACCCUACCUGCCAAACUCUCCCCCGUAUCACCUGUACCCCCACCUGUACAUGUCGUCGCCGUCGUCGCAAACCUACUACGACGGCUCCCACAUACCCAUGCUGCCGUCGACGAGACCGGACGAGAAGCAGGAGAUCAAACAAGACAACAGACCGCGGGACGUCGGAGGAGAAACCAUCUCGCAAAUUCCCCACCCGUCGGCUGAAAUGUCGCUGACGGUGGCUCUGAACUACGGCAGCCACCCUCAAAGUCAGAUUGAACUGAACACAGCCAGGACAAUGGGACAGAGUAUGGGUAUGCAGAAUAGUGGGGUCGCUCUGAUGCAGCAGCAUCGAAACAACAGUCCUGUUACUAACAUAUCACCAAUGCAACAAGGCAUGGGACAGAUGAAUAUUAACACCACCGUCGGACACUUACCUACUGUUGAUGAUUCAAGAAAAGAGGACGUCUGGCGGCCAUACUGAUUCCUUGGCGGUCAUGGAUAUAUUUUUCAGACUAUUUGAAGGACUCUAUCGAGUCUAUUUGAUAGACCGUUUAGAUUGGCGUAUUCCCAGCGACACUGCUACCUAUGUAUUGAUGAACAGGCAAAAACGAUGCAAAGUGGAUUCGCGGUGAUGUUCGUAAUUGAUACGAAGUAUAAGCCUGCGGUUUCCAAUUGUGUCGUAUGAUAUUAUCUUUGACUGACUGGAACGACAACCACCCUCCUUAAAAGUUUUAUAUUCGUGAUUCAUUAUUUCAAUGCCAUUCCAUUCCAUGUAGUCCCAUGCACUUGUUUUUGUGUGUGUGAGUGAGCUGUAACAUAAUCGCUUCACAUCAUCAUCAUCAUUCACAGAUAAAACAGAGGAUAUAUAAGAGUGUACAUAUUGAAUUUUAUGUACCAUAUAGUCAAAAAGUGUGAGACAAGGGCAUGGUUAAUUGCAAGAUUCAUGUAAGAUAACAAUCAUCAGUCUGCAAUGCAAUUUAUUCAACCUCUUUUAAAAAGUAUAUUAAAUGUGUUCAGUGAUGCAGAUGCUGUCGUUUUAGAGCUUUAAUGAUCACCCUUUUAAAUGGAAGGUUCCAUCGAAAAGAAGAAUACUCAUUGUAAAUUUUUUGUCACAGAUAUUAUGAAUGAACCUCACCUUCGUGUAAAUACAGAUACAAAGUUUUCUUUUUGUCUUAAACCUGUAAAAAGAAAUGAUAUGUGUGGGUUUUUUUAUGAUUGUCAUAUGUUACAGCAAUGUUAUCAAAUACUUUGUGCAAUGAGUGAUGUUGAGAAUGGUUCUCAACCCUUCAUAGAGUUGAUAAUGUAUUUUUAAAAAGGAAAUGGAAACAUAUUUUGAAUUUGUAAAAAAUAAUGUGAAUAAAUCAAUGAUGAAUCUCCUGAAAGUUUUAUGCUAAUCAGCAUUGGUAGUAAAUGAACUAUGUCCCUGGAUAUUUGAAGUACAUUUGGAGUUGCAUGAAGUGAAAAUAACAGGCUUUCCUAGAGUUGAUGAGAACAUUGAAAUUUAGAUAAUUUCUUUUGAAGCAGAAGGACGUUAAAUCACAUGCUUGAACACAUAAGUAAUGCCUUUAUGUCUCUAAAGGAAUAAAAUGUUUAGUUGAUGGUUUGUGGGGGAGUGGUGCAUCGAUGAUUUUGAGAGCAUGGUUUGAUUAUUGCAGUAUGUUUGAAGUUCCAACUCAAGUUUUAUUUUUUGGUUAUUUCCUUCCUUUUAAUUGAGGGGAUUUUAAGGGUUUUCAUCUCAAAAAAGACUCUGCAUGAGACAACUGAAUGAUGUUUUUAACUCAAAAUGUGUGGCUAUGUCAGAUUGAAUGGUGUUAAAGAGAAAAGUACUGGCAUAAGGUUGUUGAAGUGUUCAUUAAAAGUUCUGCAGUUUCUUGGUCUAUAAUCUGGGCAGACAAUAAAAAAAUCCAUAAAAUUCAUGUCAAAAUAUCUGUAGUAUUGUUGAUUAAUUUUAUAUGCCAAUAUACAAAUGUGACAAACAUUUUCGUUUGAAAUAGAAAUCGGCCUUUUGCAUUGUGUUCAUGUCAGCCUUAAAUACGUUUAAAUUAUAAGUAAUGCCUUUUCAGUUUAUUUCGUAAUUCAAUGUAUUUAACCAGUGACCGAGUUACAAACUCGAAUGUUUGCUUUUGCCCUUUUUUCAUGCGGAAAAGUUGUUUCUUGUAAGUUCUUCAUAAUCUUUCAUCUCGUGGUUGUUUUCUGAAAAUUUAGGUUGUAAUUUGUAACGACGUUGCCCUUUCUGAUCUGUAAUAUUGUUAUGUGCUUUGUAAUUUGAAAUAGCUUGUCUUAUCUAUACACAUUGUUUGUCUUGCAAAUACGUGUGUUAAGUCAACUCUUUCAUAGCCUAAGUGAUUCAGUAAACAAAAUCAUCAUGAUGACUGAAUAUUCAUUUAUUGGAAUCCAUAUGAUAAUGGGACAUAAAACUCGUCUUUUAUUUAUUCAAACAUGAAUUCCAUCUUCAGUCUUUGGCAAGUAUUUAGAUAUGUAAUAUAUUCAAAACCAUAUUCUCUUCCAUGAGGCAAUAUAUAUUUAUUGGUAGCAAACAUUAAUUUAUACGAUGUAUUAACCAUGCCACCUUCGCCUUUUAUGAAAUAUAUAUAGAUUCAUCUGAUACUGGGUUUUUUUAUGAUACCAUCCCAACAUUCCAAAAGUAAGGUUUCUUUUAUCCCUAUUUCUUAAGUGCCAUUUUAGGAUGGAUAAAUAAUCCCCCUUAAUACCUGUUCAUGAAAGUAUAUCAGGAUGUGGCAUUGAUAAGAAAAGAAAAAAUAAAUGUGUUUUUCUUAACGUAAUUUAAAAGUGGUGUGUGGGUUGUAGAAACCUAUACCCAUUGGAUAUGUGAUGAUUUCCUUUUGUCUUUAUUUAUUGAAACUUUUCUUGAAAGGUUGUGCAACUUAAUUAUGCGGUCCACUGUGAUGUUGUAUUCCAUGUUUAAAUAAUUGAGCUUUGUUUUGUUCAUGUUUGUGAUUUUUACAGGGAAUAAAACAAUCUGUUCACU